UAAUAGAAAGCGUGUCGAGUGCUUUGUAUCGCUAAUACUAAGCCACCCAGCCCUGAAGAAGUGAGAGCAUUCAACUCACCUUCCUCACCAAACACCACCUAAAAGCAUUCGUUCCAGAGCAUCCUCUCCACACAGAAAGCUGUCAUGUGGUGGUGGAAGCAGUAGCAGUAGCAGCCGCCUUCUGGUGCUUGUUUUACUUGACAGGUUACGAGGUCCUUAUCACGGCCAAUUUAUUUGGACUCUUUCCCAACCCGACUCAUCGCCGUUCAAUCACUGUUUGGAGAGAAGAGGGAGGAUAAAGUAGCUCCAUCUUUUGCAUGCUAAUCAUCAAAAUCGCCUCUCAGUCUUUCUGCAAGACGAGAAUUGCACACUUUUGGAGGUUCCACUGAAGUAGGAGGCGGCCGGAACCGGAGAGGUUAAGUCACAAGAUGAAGCCCAGGAACACCAGCCGUGGAAAGCCGCAAAGUUGCUGUUUUGGAUUGCUGGCCGUAAUCUUUCUGAUCUCGCUGAGCUACCUUACCAUGUCCAAAACCAGCAUGUUGCGCUUCUCCGUAGUGAACUCUCAGCUACCGCCGAUGACGAACGGGAAUACCUCCGACAUGGCAUCUGAUGUCCAUCCUGUGACGGAAGAUUCUUCGAUCCGUUCUCAAGGACUAGAAACAGAGGAGGCAGAAUUGGGAAGAAGCCUGGCUUGUGAGCUGAAAGAUGGUCAGUGUGAGACGGGUCACGGUAGGAUGGUGGUUAAGAAUUCUUCAACCGUUGUUGAUCAAGAUCCGACAAGAGUGAUGGCUAGCUCAGAUGAAUUAGUUUUUAAUGAAGAAGAAAGACGUGAUAAUGUAAAGCCCGGGAGGAAACCAAUAUGUGAUCUUUCAAACACAAAAUCAGAUAUCUGUGAAGCAGAUGGAGAUGUUAGAAUUAUCGGCAAGGAUACCCGCAUGAUAUAUGUUGCAAACUCUGAAUUCAGCAACAGAGAAACAGGUGAAUCAUGGACCAUCAAACCUUAUGCUCGUAAGUGGGACAAAGGCUCAGGUGCUAAAGUUCGGGAGGUAACGAUGAAACUAGUGAAGAGUCAUGGAGAAGAUAAACACUGCGAUGUUAAUCAUACUGUCCCAGCUUUGGUCUUUGCAAUUGGUGGAUGGACUGGAAAUUUCUUUCAUGACUUUGCUGAUGUGUUGGUUCCUCUCUUCGAGACUUCGUACCAUUUUGAAGCCGAGGUCCAAUUUCUCAUAGUGAACAUCAAACCGUUGUGGAUCAACAAGUACCACAAAUACUUUGAGAAGCUCUCACGGUACAAAAUCAUCGACUAUGACAAUGAUGAUAGAGUGCAUUGCUUCAAGCAAGUGACUCUUGGACUCCGGUGCGACCAAGGUGACUUUACAAUCAACCCCUCGAAAGAUCCUUAUGGUUAUACCAUGGCCGACUUCACCAAGUUCACAAGAAGUGCUUACUCACUGAAGAGAGAUCAUCCAGUGCGGCCAGGUGAACAAGCUGGUAAGAAGCCAAGGAUAUUGAUCGUAACAAGGAAGGCGACCCGAAAAUUCACGAAUGUAAAAGAGAUAGUUCGUAUGGCUAAGAAGGUGGGCUUCAAUGCAGUGGUCACUGAGGCAGAUGCCAACAUUACUAGAUUUUCGCAGGUGGUGAACUCAUGCGAUGUGAUGAUGGGUGUUCACGGAUCAGGACUUACUAAUAUCGUCUUCCUUCCAACACACUCUGUGGUGAUCCAAGUAGUCCCUUGGGGCAAUCUAGAUUGGAUAGCUGGGAAUUACUUCAGAGAUCCUUCCAGGCAAAUGAAACUGCACUAUUUGGAAUACAGUAUCAAUGAGGAAGAGACUACUCUGUCGGAGUUGUAUCCAAGAGACCAUGCAGUGUUCAAAGACCCAAUGUCGCUUCACCAUCAAGGAUGGGAUACAUUUUCCAGGAUUUUCCUGGUUGAGCAGAAUGUGAAGCUUGAUGUGAGGAAGUUUAGGCCUGUCCUGGAACAUGCUCUUCAACUUCUCCGUGAGCAGCAGUACAGAUGAAUUUAUCUGCUUAUCAUCAGUGAGCAGGUUUCAUUACCGUGCAUUCAGUUCUUAGCGAAAGGUGAUAAGUUGCUGGUUGAUUUAUUCAUUUAUACUAGCUGUUUCGAAGUGAGAUAGGAGAUAAUAUAAUGUUGAAAUGGCUCACAUUGCUUUCUUGUUGAAACAUUGUCAGGUAUGUAAGUAUUAAAAUACAUAUUCGGUUCUGCAUUCUUUUCCAGAAAUAAUUAAAUGUUACAUUCCAUGGAAGUGUUUUGUGA